AUGCCCAAGCCUGGGGGCGGUGGAGGGGUGCCCCCUGGGAGUCGAGACAGCAGUGGGAUAUGUCGAAGCAGUAGCAUCAGCAGUGGGUCUGGAGGCAAGAUACUGUCCCUGUCAUCCAUGAACGAGAGUGUGCACAGUGGCCUGAGCUGUUUCUUGUCGGAGCAAGCACUGGAGCAGGAAGAAAAGCAGCAGCGCAGCAGCCAGUUAGCAGAGUUCCAACGCCUAAGAGAGGUUCGUGCUGCUGCCCAGCUGAAAAACCUGGAGGAUUUCCUUAGGAUGAACCAUGUUUCACUCAGGGACAGCAUAUCAUAUGCCACUGGCAUGGUCUACAGAAAUCUGGGAAAAUCAGGGCUGAGGGUGUCCUGUCUUGGAUUAGGCACGUGGGUUACUUUUGGAGGCCAGAUAACGGAUGAGCUUAUUUGGGCUGUGUUGGUAGAGACGGUGAGGGCAAUGACCUAUGUGAUCAACCAAGGGAUGGCCAUGUACUGGGGGACUUCACGAUGGUCUUCCAUGGAGAUCAUGGAGGCAUACUCUGUGGCACGACAGUUCAACCAGAUCCCACCCAUCUGUGAACAGGCAGAGUACCACAUGUUCCAGAGGGAGAAGGUUGAAGUGCAGCUCCCUGACCUCUUCCACAAGAUAGGCAUUGGAGCUAUGACAUGGUCUCCACUGGCCUGUGGGAUCAUCUCAGGGAAGUAUACCAGUGGGAUCCCCCCUUACUCACGUGCUUCACUUAAGGGGUAUCAGUGGAUGAAGGACAAGAUCCUGAGUGAGGAAGGGCACCGUCAGCAGGUGAAGCUAAAAGAGUUGCAGGCAGUUGCUGGGCGACUAGGCUGCACUCUGCCUCAACUGGCUAUUGCAUGGUGCCUGAGGAAUGAAGGGGUGAACUCUGUCUUGCUGGGAGCUUCCAGAACUGAGCAGCUGAUGGAGAAUAUCAGAGCAAUACAGGUUCUUCCGAAGUUAUCGAUGUCCAUUGUAUCAGAGCUGGAUAACCUCUUGGGAAACAAGCCCUAUAGUAAAAAGGACUACAGAUCGUAGAAGCACCAGCGAUGAACUGUCCCUUUAUCCUGUUUUUGAAAAAGAUGCCUAUGAAAUGGAAUCUCUUUCAAAAAGACAUAAGCCCAAAAAUGUGCCAUUUCUCAUUUCUACUGUCUUGAUCACAUUUUCACUUAAUGCAACUUAAUGAUAUUAAGUUUUACAGCAUGCAAUACUUAUCCUAGUAGUUUGAACAUCACCUUCAAUAAAGAGACAAACAAAAACAAAAUGAAACACUUUGUGCUAAUCAGCUGAGCCACUGAGGCACUAAAGAAACAAGCUAACUGUUGAGUAAGGUGCAGCUUAGUGUGCCGGACCAGGCUUCUUCACUGACUACAGAUUGUGGCUUCAGCAUGUCGUAGACAUAUGCAUUGGUGCUACUUUAUUAUGACUGCCAUUCUCCAUUCUCCAUAACCUUCCUAUUGGGGGACGACCCGCUCUGCCUCUGAGCCACAGCCGUCCUGAUUGGCUUCCCCAAGGGCCAUCACAUUAUGCUUACUUCUUCGACUCCACACUGUCUUUUAGUGGCUGUAGCAGGCUCCGCUUUAAUGCUAAAGUGAAGACACUGGUAUCAUAUGAAUCUAGAUUAUCUAAAGCAUGUCUCCCCUUUACAGACAUGGACACUUUAUGCUAAUCCCUUGCAGAUUUUGGGCAAAAAACAUGUAUAAUAAGUUAUUUUUCAUAUUGUCAUAAAUGCAACUGCUUGGACCCACCAUCAAACCGCCUGGCUUCCAGGCUGACCAUUCCCUAGAGCUGACAGCAGUACACUGGUUGGACAGGAGGUGGCUCUGGAAAUUACUAAGUAUCUCUAUUAGAAUCAGGAAUUAUUUUGUUGAGAUAAAGACUCAUUCAUUGUGAGUUUAACUGUCGCUUUUGUAUGGAGAACUGACUGUAUAAUACACUGUGGUGGACUGUUUUUUUUGUGUGUAUUACUCUCACUGCCAGCGGGGACGAUAUAAGUCCUGCUUGUUAAUACUGGUGUUAGUUUUAGUAGAGUCAUUUUCCAAAGACUUUAAUUAUUUAUUAUAUUCAUUACAGUUUGGAUGUUUGAUUAUGAUUGCAUUAAUAUAGUCAUGUUUUCGUCGAUGCAUGUUUGAUUUUCUGUCAAGUAAUUUUGUUAAACUUUGACCUUUUGUCAAACACUCUGUAGUAAUGCCUGAAGUUUGUCCUUAGGCAGUUACAAGAAUAUUGUUAUACCCUAUAUCCUAUGAAU